AUGUCAUCGAACAAGACAUUCCGCGUCAAACGAUGCCUUGCUAAGGCCCAGGUCCAAAACAGACCUAUCCCUCAAUGGUGCCGAUUGAAAACCGACGCUAAGAUCACCUACAACGCCAAGCGCAGACACUGGCGCCGAACAAAACUCAACCUUUAA